AUGCCGCCCUACUGCUCCAAAGUGUGGAGACGUGAAUUAACGCCCUCCGCUCGGUGCGGCCAGGCGCACGCCGCUGGUGCGGCGAGGCGGGACGGGGUGGUGGGCAGGCGGCGGGGCCGGCCCGGUGCGGGGGAGGGCAGGGCCGGGCCGGGCCGGGCGGUUGGCGGCCGUUGGCGGCGGUUGGCGGCCGUUAGCGGCGGUUGGCGUUCAGCACGAAGGCCAGCGCCCGCCGCCAUCUUUCGCCCGCCCGGCCCUGCCGCCCCGGGGACCGGGACCGGGAGCGCUGCUGGGGGGGGAGCCCCGGGAAUCCUGACCGACAGCCGAACCCCCGGGCCCGGGAGUCCCCGUCCCUUCACCCCCCAGGGCGGGGGCCGGGGCAGCCCCCGGCGGGCGGCAGAGUCCGGGGAAAGGUUUGAUUUUGAUUUUGAUUUAUUAAAUCUGUAUAAACAGAUUUAUUCUGUUUAUACAGGUUACCCUUUCCCUACUGCUCCUCCUGUGGAUCCGUUUGCAAAAAUCCGAGUGGAUGACUGUGGAAAAACCAAGGGAUGCUUCAGGUACGGCAAACCUGGAUGCAAUGCAGAGACUUGUGACUACUUCCUAAGUUACCGCAGAAUAGGAGCUGAUGUUGAAUUUGAGUUGAGUGCUGAUACUGAUGGCUGGGUGGCGGUGGGAUUUUCCUCAGACAAGAAAAUGGGAGGAGAUGAUGUCAUGGCUUGUGUUCAUGAUGAUAAUGGAAGAGUCCGAAUACAGCACUUCUAUAAUGUUGGUCAGUGGGCUAAAGAAAUCCAGAGAAAUCCUGCUAGAGAUGAAGAAGGGGUUUUUGAAAACAAUCGUGUAACAUGUCGAUUCAAGCGUCCGGUAUAUGUUCCCCGAGAGGAAACCAUCGUAGAUCUGCACUUGAGUUGGUACUAUCUGUUUGCUUGGGGUCCAGCAAUUCAGGGUUCUAUAACUCGUCAUGAUAUAGACUCACCACCUGUAUCAGAGCGUGUUGUCAGUAUUUACAAGUAUGAAGAUAUUUUCAUGCCAUCAGCUGCCUAUCAGACCUUCUCCUCUCCAUUCUGCUUGCUCCUCAUUGUUGCACUGACCUUCUAUUUAUUGAUGGGAACCCCAUGACCGAUGGAAGAUAGCAAGAAUUUGUCAGCGGAAGUUUCUCAGGAUGGACUGCCCUACGGAUGGACGAUGCAUUUUUCUAUUGGAAUUUAUAUCACACCACCAUCAUCAUCUAGCUGCUUUCAGACAUAGUUAGCUUCUCAGAAGAAUGAAAUAACCAUCUCCUUUGAGUGGCAGAGUGGUGGCAAAUCAUUUAAGAAUAAUCAGUGAACAAAUCAGUGUUGUGACUACUUGCUUAAAGAAAAGGAGACUUUUGUAAAAUCAAUAUGUGUGUGUGUGCGCGCGUGUGUAUGUGUGUUUGGGAGGGGUGUCUGUAUGUGUGUUUAGGUGAAUUUAGUAAUGGACAUCUUAUCAAAUAACAAAAUUGCCUUCCAAAUUGCUCCCAGAAAGCAAAUUUGGGAAAACAUUAUAACGCUGUUUGGUAGUUCUGAUGCAGACAGCACAGCUCCAAGUGCAGUUUCUGAACUUAAGAUCAAGAUACCAACAUAGCAGUAUAAAACCUGCCCUUCAGUAACGGACAAAUCUCCCAGAUGUUUUUGUAUUUAUCAAGGUUUACUUGCUCUGGUACUUUCCAAAACUAAACCUGCAUAAUCAAGCAUUAACAUGAUUUUUUUCAAUGGAAAAAAGGUGGUGAAUGUCUAUAACAUAGUGCUUCAACAGCCUUCUUGAAAGAAAUGGCUACUUCUUUUAUGAGUGAGAUAUAAAGUUAUUUUAACAAAGGGAAGGAAGAAUACAGUAAUGUAAAUUCUCCAUAUAUAGGAAAAAACAGGUGUAAAACAUAGAGAAUACAGAAGUUCCCAAGAAGCCAUAGGACGUCCUCCUAAUAGAUUAAACCAUUUCUUUUCCUCUUUUUGUGAAAAAACAGUAUUAUUGCUGACAUGUAAAUAUGUUUUUAAGCAGUUGUGGAGUAGUACAAAGUAAUCUGUUUUUCCGUGUUGUAUGCCUGUAUAUCUGUUCAUGUUAAAGAUGGAUAUGGGCAGCUGGUGUUAACUUGCAAAGAAAUGGAAAUAUAGUUGAGAUUAUUUGUUAUGAAAGGUAGGGAUUAAUAAGAAGAGCAGUAUCUUUACUUUCAUCAAACUAUUGCUAAAAUGAAGUUACUGUGGAAAAAGAUGAGCUAAAGAGGAAAUACAUUACAUUUUUAAAUCACCAAUAAAUGUUACAAAGAUGUUAACAAGUGUUACUGAAAUUGAAAGUGUCAAGUGGUACUUAAGAGCCACAGAAAUUUAUGAAAAACUUUGAUUUCUUGUGGAGAAUUUCUGUUCUUCACAUAACAGGAAGUGUAUGACGUAUACAUGUAGCAGUCAAAUGUGCUUAGAUAGAUAAGGCUGCUCACUCCCCAACUUGCAUUAAAAUUCUCUUUAAAUAGAAUUAAAAAAUUGAUUGUGGCAAAGUUCCAUCUAAUGUGGUAUGCUUGAGGACUCUGUAACACAGGAUCUGGCAAAGUAUGUGAUGAGCCGCAUUUCUAUUUUCAUGGCUACAUAGAGUAAAAAGAGUAACUAGCUUUGCUGGGUUUGCAUCAUUAUUCACAGACUGAAGUUUGUAGACUAAUAUUCUUCAGGCUCAGCCUUCUUCAAAUCUAUGCUUAUAGCAUAUGAAAUGGGUUUGAAGAGGAAUUUACUUCCAUCACAAACAAUUUAUCCCUAUUUCAAAAAGAAGAUUGCUUAGUAGUAUAUACUUUUAUUGAUAUCUUUAAGAAUUUGUUCACUAAAAAUUGCUGGACUAGAGUUCAGGAGGGGAAGAGAAAUUCGGAAUGAAGUGAAAUUUAAAAGUGCAUGUAAUCGCUUGAUUUAGUGUAAAUUACUUCUCUCAAGUUGGAUUGUCUACUCAUCAUCUGAUGAAAUACAUAGUGGAAAUCACCUAAUAAGGAAGAUUGGCUUUGGUCCAUCAGAGCUGUAAAGCUGAGCCUUAAGAUUGACUGAAGCAGAGAGCUGAAGCCUUGGAUAAUGAGUUUUAUACUCAGCAACCAGGUGAAGUGAAGAAAUCAUUAGGGCAAAUUCUUUUUCCCUUGUGCUAAUUUGCAGGCAGCUGAGAGAGUUGACAUGCUGCACUUCCUUCUCAGAGAUCACAGCCAUUUAAAGUAGCCGUGGGGUUGCUUUAGUUUAUGGCCUUGUAUUUACUGUUUUAUUUUCAGGUAUUUACCUAAUUACCCACUAAAGGGCUAAUCUAAUAAUUGUGAAGUGCUAAAGUAGGAUAGAAACACAUUUUGGCUCCUCUUUUCUUCUUUAAUGCAGCGCUGGAUUUAGGAUAGCAUGGGUGGACCUGAGCAUAGAGGUACGUUAAAGGUGACAAUAAUAAUAGAGAGAUAAAUGUGUAGCAUCCAUAGAGCUGCCUUCCACUUAUAUGGAGUCAGCUGUGUUUAAAGUCCAGGCUCUAAAGCAACAGCAGAUUCAGAGCAGAGGCAAAGCUGCUCUUCACAGUGCACAAGGAAUGUCCCAUGUAAAGUGUAUCUGCUUCAGUCUUCAGCUGUCCCCCGACUUCUCAGCUAAGGUAAAAAUACUGUUUCUUUUCUGGUCACUAGGUUAAGUGUGCUGGCUGGUGUUUUUGUCAUAUUUUUCUCUUGUUGAAGUAUUAGCAGAAAUGUGCACAUCAAAGUACCUAACUAACACUAAUUAAGUAUUUCUAAUCAAACGGGAGGAAUAAAAGUCCACAGCAAGCCCCAAACCAACCCAUUCUUUGGUAUUUCAACUGAUGGCUGAGUUUAGCUAGUAAACUGUUCCAGAAUUUUGCAUAUUACUUGCCAGAUAGUAAAGCUGUAAUUCCUGCUCUAAACACUUUGCAGGUAGCAGAAGUAAAACAGAAGAAAGUGUAAGGAGAGUUGAAAGCUGAAAAUAACUAUGGCAAAUUAAAAGCAAGAGUUGGGGUAAGUUUCUUUCACUAAAAGAAGUUUGCUGUCUUGUGGUGUUUUGUCUGAGAGUUGCUCUUUAGAGUUGGAAAAGCAGGAAUAGGAGAUUCAAGUUGACAAACAAAGAAGGUGCAAGUGCUUAGAAAUUAGCAGUUGGGAAGAAAUAUGAGAAUAAGAAGGCCAUAAGAUAAACAAAAAGGCUUUCACUCAAUGGCACUUAACUUUGUAUGAUAUUUGAUAAGUCUUAACAUUUGAGUGGGCAUAAUAACUUGUCAUGGAAGGUAUUUUGGUUCUCAUGGGUUUUUUCCUUUUAAUAUUGAAAAACAGGAUUGAUCCCUGUUAUACAAAGUACUACAAAGUAGUACAUAUAUACUACACUACGAAGUCAUUUUUUUGGAAGUAAUUUUUAAAUUAUUAGAUAAUUUCAAAUAGUUUUUCAUAUUUCUCUAAUUGACAGGUAUGUUGUAGUUUAACCCCAGCCAGUAACUAGGACCAUACAGCUGCUUGCUUGCACUGCCCACCCCCCACCUCCCGAAGUAGGACAGGGAGAAGAGGGAGAAAAAGGAGGGGUGAAAAAUGAAAAAAAAAACCCAAACAACUCAUGGGUUGAGAUAAAGACAGUUUAAUAGGACAGCAAUGAAAAGGGGGGAAAAAAAAAAAAAGAUAGUAGUGGUAAAAGAAUAUACAAAAUAAAGUGAUGCAACACAAAUUGCUCUCACCACCCGAUGAUCAAUUGCCCAGCUCAUCUGAGCAGAGAUCACAGAUCCCUGCCCAGCCCCCAUAAUAUACUGAGCAUGACGUCUAUCGUAUGGAAUAUUCCUUUGGUCAGCUUGUUCUGUCUAUGCUCCUUCUCAGCUUCUGUGGAAGCUGAAAAAGUCCUUGACUUACUGUAAAAGUUACUUAGCAACAAGUCAAAUAAUAUAUUUUAUCAGUAUUAUUCUCAUACUAAAUCCAAAACACAGCAGCUACUAGAAGAAAAUUAACUCUAUCCCAGCUGAAACCAAGACAAGGUACCAAUACAAACUAGAGCAAAAGGUCUCCUUUGGGAGAGGAGGCAGAUGUUUCCUCUCCAAAUCAAAUAAUUUUUAGUUUCCUUAUGGUGACUACUAGCAAACAGUUGUUAAAUAACAUGUUUCCAAAGUGCUUUGAUUUUGUGAAUUCCUUGCUGCAGGGUGACCUAAUACAGAAGCAUGAAGUUUAGAAAGUGCGUGUUUAGAGUAUGGUGUCCUUUGGGAAUUUGACUAUUAAUUAGGAAGAUAGAACUGGCAAAGACCAUAAGGCAUUAAUUGAUGUCCUUAUAUAUGUUCCUUCUACGCAGAACACAAUUCAGUUGUGACCGUUGCUUGUUACAUUAACCAUAUUAUCACCCUUUGCUCACUCUGUCUGUCUCAUCUAGAAGAUUUUAUACUUAGUUUGUAAGUUAGUUGGAAGAGAAAUUAGCUGUUUAUAUUUGUGACAGUACCUAUGGCAAAAGGACCUUGUUUUUGACUGCAAUGUCUGACUGGUACCAUACUACAAAUAAUAAUCUAGGCCUGAAACCACAUUAAAAAUAAGUAGGAUAGGAAAGAGAGAAAAAUAAGCAGAGUAAAAUUACUUGCAGGAAUUUAUUUUUUAUUUUGUUGGAAUCAAAUAACUAUGUAUAUUUUUAUGUGUAGGUGAGAUAAUCCUAGAUGCUAAUUGAUUCCCCUCCAAAAAAACCCUUUGCUGAUUUGAAAAUGUCAUUGGUUACUGGAUGAUGCUUUCUCCAAAACUUUAUUAUUAUAAGGGAAAUACUCGGUUUUGGAAAGAGAACAUAUUGAUGAGAAAAGUUUGAAAUCCCUCUGUGGCAUACUUGUCCUAUUUGGUUGGUUUUGCAAUGCUUGGAUAGCAAGAAAAUUAACACUUAUGGUCUCCCUAAUCUGACGAAACACCCAGACUGUGUUAAAAGUUGACAAACUGUUAAGUCAGUUUGGCACUGACUUCUCCAGUUUCCAGCACUUGUAGACAGCAAACCCGGGUUUUGAAGUUCAGUGGGGACACCAUGUCCUGGGUCUGAACCAAGAAGAAUGGCCCUGCAACUGCCUCCAUAUACUCAGUGGCCACUGCGAAAUGGAAAUAACAAAGAGCACAACCCAUCCUGUGCCAAAUCCCUUAAAUAUGUGUACCUUCUUUUGCCAGACUGUCGAUGGUGUUCUUACUGUGAGUGUUAAUGUCUAGUCUUCCUCUGAAAAGUACUAUGCUCCUUGUCACCAACCUGUGUACUGUCCCCACUUCCACAGAUACUUUAUGCUAUUUAGUGAGGUGAUCCUGGGAAGUUUUAGCCCAGCUGUGAAGAGGAGUUAGUGGGUAAGGAGGACUGACACACAGCUGUUGUCAUGAUUAUCCAGGUCACAAUUAGAAAUCUGUGUCAUUAACAAUAUCCCAGUUAUCUGUAAGUCAAUAAUUGCUAUAAGUUUGAGGGGAAAAUGCAGGUGUCCCUAUUUUUUGUCUGUCUUCUCCUUACUUUCCCAUCUAUCCAGUGCAUCAGACAUUUGAAAAGAAGUAAAUUAUUCUCCUCUGUCUGAUCUUUCUGAUCACUUCUGGGUCCACUGGAAGUUUGCACCAUGCCAUAAUCUAGAGACAGAAUUAAAGCUUAUAUACAGACUUUGUAACUUUCAUUAGCAUUUGAACUGCAUUUUGUGACUCCUUGUUUUCCUUGGUUUCACACACCGAUGUGUAGCAGGUGUACUUACCUUCCUCCCUUUUAUUUUUUCAAGAUGUUUAAAUAGUUUCCCCAAAGUAAAGUAUUUGGUAAUAGCUUUAGGAGAAGGAAAUAAGUAUUUCACAGAACUACAGAAGGUCUAAUAUGACUUAUUUUCAGAGAUAUCUAUUGUGAGAGUGCUAGUAUUUUAUGCAAAGUGUGACUUUGUAUAGAGCCUUAGAUUUAUGAUAGCAGUGGGAACACAUUUAAAUAUUGCAAUUGUUCCAGUGCUUUGUGGAGCUGUGUAUGUGCAUAACCUGCGGGAACUGGCAUCCUCUGCUUCAACCCUGACUCCUCAGCACGUAACGAAUGGGCAGAGCUGCCUGCUUCAAUGCCAUAAAGCGAGGCCCCAAACAGUUUGGGACAGAAGUGGUAGUAAGAGGUACGUACUACUUACUGGUAGUAAGGCUGAAUGACAAGGAAGGGCUAACAGUUCUGGCAUACGCCCUAUUUUUGCAUGGAUUUACAUGUGGCAGAGCCCGCCUGGCACUCCUCAUCACAAGCAAAUAUUACUGGAUGUGAAUGGGAGGGACAGAGUCUGACUUUAAGGAGAAUGUAGCUUUUCUGCAGGUCCUAGCUGUGUAAGGGCUGGUGUGAGCACGAGGUCAGACUGUGCCUCCCAAUGUGUGCCCCCGUGGAACUCCAAGGGAAGAGCCAGAGGCUUGAUCUUGCCUUUGGAGUUAUGAAAACCUGUCAAGACCCCAUAGACAGUAGAAACCAUUGGCUGCUGCGCAUAUACCUGGCCAUUUUACAAACUACAGCUGCAGCAGUUCAGGUAUUAAAAGAUGGAGGCUCUAGAUCUUUUCUUAACAGCUUUCGUUGUACAUCAUCUAUUUCCCUAGAUAAAAUUUCCUUAUCAGUAUUUCUGUAGCUGUGUUAGGGCCUAAUGCAGCUCUCCCUCAGCCUGCCCAGUGCAGAUAUGGAUCUAACUGGCAAGUUUUAAAGAAAAUCUCAAUUUUCUGAGCACAAAAAUUAAUCAAAAGAAAAUAAUUUAUAUUUACUGACCAUAUGUUAUCUUUUCACCACAUCUUUUUUCCAUAUCUAGUUAUUUCUGUGUAAUUUAUAUGUCAAGAUACUUUAUUUUUGCAGAUACAGAGUAAGAUCUAGGCAAACCUUCCUUUUCUAAGCCUGUUUUAUUAGUAUAAAAUAAUCACUUGGGUAACUUCUUUUUUUUUUUUAGUUUUUACAGUGAGUUUGUUAAAAUUAUAUAUGCUUGGACUUGGUUAUUUAACUUAUCUAAUUUGGGCUUAGAUACUGAGGCAAAAACAGUGUGAUUUUUGAAAUGUCAAGGAGGAUGUGUGCAGCUUGUGGAGCUGAUAGGUGUGAAAAAGCAGACUGAAAAGACAUUACUUUCUUUUAAAAUCUGUGAUUUGAAUUGGCAAUAGCAAUGGACCUGCUGUAAGGAAAGGGUCAGGUUUGUGUUUGGGUUUUUUUGGAUUGCUAAGCAGUUUGAAUUGCACUCAUUAGAAUCAUAGAAUAUCUCAGAUUGGAAAGGACCCGUAAGGAUCAUGGAGUCCAACUCCCUGCUCCUGGCAGAACUGCCUAAAACUAAACCAUAUGAGUAAGGGCAUCCUUCAGAUGCUCCUUGAACUCUAACAGGCUUGAUGCCAUGACCACUUCUCUGGGGAGCCUGUUCCUGUGACUGACCACCCUCGCAGUGAAGAACCUUUUCCUAAUGUCUAUCCUGAACUUCCCCUGGUGCAGCUUCAUAGUAAUUCACAACUGUUGCUUUUGCCCUACUUCUGUCUUUCUUAUCUAAGCAGGAUGUUCUUUCAAACUGCUGUAAGGCUGGAAUACGUGCAGGACUUCACAGUCCAUAUUUUAGAAGAGCUGCUGCUCUGUAUAGGCUAGUUUUGAUCUGCAAUUAGAGGCUAUUUAGGAAUGUACUUACAAGAUGAACUUUUAUAUGGCACUCCUAAAAACUUUCUGAAAGGUGGUGUGCUCUUUAUAGACUAGAGCGUUACAGAAUUACCUGGUAGAAUAAUUUAGAAACAGCUCAGAAAAUUACUACUUGCUCCAAUCCAUAUUUACAUUUUUAAAGAAGUAAUUGGAUUUUUCAAAAGUGCCGAGCAGCUGCAAAUCUGGAGUAGGCUCCAAUGCCUACUCAGGGCAGUGAACAUUUUAUGGCAACUAGCGAUUGCAAUGUGUUGCCUAAUUUAGUUUCACAUCUCUCCCAAGCUUGACAUCAUUCAGUUCAAUUUCAUAAGAUGGUAUUAGUAAAAGACUAAAUAAAGGAACAAUUCACUUAGGUUGUGUGCCAAGGAAUAAAAAAAUUCUUGCUGAUUUUUCACAACAGUGAUCUGCAAAGUUUAGAUUAAGGAAAAAUAUUUAGGCAGUGGAAAUUUCCGGAAGGUAUUUUUGUGUGUAUAAGUCUGAGAAUUAUACAAGAGAGUUUAAGAACAAAAGGGUAGAGACUGCUUUGGAGAUAAAAGACGACAAAACACAGAAUCCUACAUGUUUCCUGACUCUGGAACUAGCUGAUUUUUGGGGGUGCGGAGUGAUCCAGAAGAAUAUAUAGAAACCUGAGAUGUUACCUGCUAGGGUAUUAUGUUUGCAGGUUUUAUAUACUAAUUUUUUGUCACCUUCUUAGGUACAAAAAUUAGCCUCAUGUUAGUGUUUUUACAGUAUUACUUAAUUUUUUUUCGAGACAAGAUGGAACAAGAAUAAGUUCAAUAAGUCAAGAAAAUAUUAUCAUAUAAAGUAUUAGGAUAAUAGGAAAGGAAGCACAGAUAACAUAUUUAAAUUUAGGAGGAAAACAUUUUAUUAUUUAAUUAAAAAAUAUGAUAUCUGCUUCUGCAAUAUUGGACUGCUUGCAUAUAAAGCAAUGAUUUCUCUUUCUAUUUUUUUACAGUUGAUGAUACAAAAACAGUGAUAAAAAUUGAAAUAGAAAAAAUAACACAAUAGAUUUUCUCUAAAGCUGGAAGUAUCAUUCAAGUCUUGACACAGGUGGUCAAAGAUGAAAUUACAAACAUAUUAACUAAUUAGAAAAAUGAAAUGGUGGGACCCUGAUACUUGUGUGUGAUGUCCCCAGCCUUUAUUUAGGCAGAUCUAUUUUGUUAGCAUAUUUGAAGCAUCAUGAGUUCUGUUUAGGUUAAAAGAGAUGCCUAGUAUGCCUUGGUAUUUCUGAUUAAUAUAUCCUGAGGUCUGGUUUGCUUUAACUUCAUUGCAAAUAAGCAGGCUGUCAUAACUAUGUCAACUCUUGCCACUUUGUUUUGUAUUACAUGAAGUGUAAUAGUUGAACCUGAAAUGUCAUCUCUACUUUUUGACUUUGUUCAGCAUUCUUAAGACUAAUACAUAGAAAAACAUACAAAUAAGCAACUUGUAACUAUAGUGCUAAGUGGUGUUCUGCAUUCUUUAUUCCAGGCUCCAUUCUGUAUGCCAAUAACAAACAUCCACAUAAAGUUAAUGAGCAUUUGGUGGGGUAGGAGUACAGAACUGGGGUUUUUAGCCCAGAAGUACAUCAUCAAACUUCUUUGUAUUUAUUCACUAGUUUUUUCAGAAAAAUAACACCGAAUGAAUGCAUAAUUAAAUUAUGGUGACCUACAGGACUACUUUACAAUCACUGCAUGCCAUAAAAUAUUGCUUUGUAACAUCUGUUUUAUACUAAAAGUUGGUGUUCAAGUGCGCCUUGUUAGCUAUUUGACAGUGACAGACAACAAUAUUUAUAAGCCUGUUAUAAUAAAUGUCUUUUGAGUCUAA